GGUCGCGCUUGAGUCUGACUGGCUAAACGCCGCCUCCCUCCAACAAGGGUGGAGAAGGGAGGGUGGAGUUCCCGGCAUGCAGCGUGCGUCACUGCCUGGCCGGUGUAAGAUGGCGACUCCCAUGCAUCGCCUUAUUGCCCGAAGACAGGCGGAGGCAAAUAAGCAACAUGUGAGAUGUCAGAAGUGCUUGGAAUUUGGACACUGGACCUAUGAAUGUACAGGCAAGAGAAAAUAUCUGCAUAGACCAUCAAGGACAACUGAGUUUAAAAAAGCACUUAAAGAAAAAGAGAAGCAACUAUUACAACAAAGCUCUGGAGAAAGUACUACAGAGAGGAAGAGCAAGAAAAAAAGGUCCAAAAGUGUGACUAGUUCUAGCAGUAGUAGCAGCAUCAGUUCAGCAAGCGAGUCUUCAUCUGAGAGUGAAGAUUCCUCAUCCUCUUCUUCUGAUGACAGCGAUAGUGACGAAAGCACCUCCACUUCCUCCUCCUCGCCCUCUUCAAGUAGUUCUUCCAGUUCUUCUGACUUUGAGACAGAUUCUAGUUCCUCCAGUAGCAGCAGCAGCAGCAGCACAGACAGCAGCACGGAUGAUGAGCCACCAAAGAAAAAGAAAAAGAAAUAAUGCAAUGCAGUGUUCAGGACUCUGAUGUUGAUGAACUAUAAAUGGCAUCUAAAAUGCAUAAUGGCCAAACAACAAACUGACAGGUCAAUUUUUACAAUUGAAAAACUUUGUGAGUGUUUUACAUAGUAGUUGAUAGGACAUGAGCUGUUAAAUGGGAAGUAAUGCUUAUUGAAAGAGUAUUUUUGUGGAUUAUUGUUUAAUAGGAAAUGCUACUACUUUUUUUUAGUUUUUAAAGAAAUCAGAUGUUUAUAUGAACUAAGGUCCAGUCGCCCUGAUGUUUACAUGCCAAAAAUAAAAAUAUUUAAACCAUCCUAUUAUGUCAUAUAACAACCUUCGGUUUAUGCCAACUUCAUCUUGUAAUCCAGAUGGAAGAAGCAAGCUUUAUUCCAGUUUGGCUGAUAUGCUUAAAGCCAUAUUUAAUCUCCAACAACAGUUAGAAGGGAAUGAUAUUGCCUUCUGUUCAAGUAAUGGAUUUGCUUUUCUCAAAUGGCUCUUCAUGUCACCUGCUGGUCAAAUAUCAGCUGCAAUAUCAAAUUUCUGUUAGUACUGGUUUUGGUGGAGAUCAAUAUGCUGUUUGUGGACCAUACACUUACACCAAUGCAACUGUUUUGCGCAUGGAAACAGGCUUCUGUGCAUAGACUCGGGUCCUGCAUAUGAAAAAAGAUGUGCAAAGAGUCUAGCAUAGUAAUGGGCUGUAUACAUUAUACUGUGUUCAAGGAUCUCUUCCUCCAAAGGGAUGGUCUAUAUUCUUAGUUCUGAAAGUUCAGGUUGGCUUUUGGGCUUUAGGAAGGCUGAUUCCAGGGAACCACUCCUCCCCUGAACAGUACUGUCGAUUCAAAGUAUAUACCAUGUGUUCAGCAAGAAAUCCUUGUAUGCAGCGCAUAUGUGCCCCUUGUUGUAGUGCAUCAAUCUCUGGACCAGGGCCAAAUGCUUUAAUUUUUCAUAGGACCUGUGUUUAGAGCAUGAAGGCUGUUCAUUUAAGCAGCACUUGCACAAUGCAUGGAGAUUGGUGUUAAGACUGUUGCAGCGGAAGAGAUUCAUCUUUGUGCCUUGUCAUUAAAUUAAAUGUCCUAAUGGGAGUUGUAAAAUGGGGGAGAUAGAUCUCAUUUUACCUUCCUCACAGUAAUUUGGAAACCUAGAGAAACUUUAAUAAAUAUCUUAUUUUCAAUGAGGAAACACUUUAUUUUCAUUGGAGCUGGGGAAAAGAAGUACCUUUUAAAUAUUUCCCCUUGUGCUAUUUUUGCGUAAUAAUCCUUAAUUAUAAAACAAAUUUGAUUAUUUUGGUCAUAUAGUAACUUCCAUUAUAUUCUAAUUUACAAUCAGCUAUUUAGAACAAAUAUUUCUCUUUGCAUAGCACAAGUUAUAAUUGUAUGAAUCUGAAUGGAGGAUACAUAUUAGCACAGAUCAUAUUGCAGUUCAUUUCUUGCUAGUAGCAGAAGUGAACUAACUUGUUAUGAAUUUUAGCAAUUGGCAGUCACUGAAUUUGUGAUACAGUCUCCUUUUAGUUUUAUUGAUGGGAGUCUUUUUAAGAGAGAAUGUGGGGAGAAAUAUCCUAGUUAAGUUAAAAUAUGAAUGAACUAUUGAACUAUUUUUUAUAUUUUUAUGAAAAUGUAGUGUGUAGAAUAACUUUUGAAUACAAAUGUUCUAUUUAAAUGUUUAUGUAAGUUGUGCAUUUCAGUCUGUAACCAUUUCUGUUUUGCAAAAUUAAGAUACUGUAAUUCUUAAACUACCAGAAAAUUAUUUGUCUCAUGCUAGAGAAUGUAUCAUUUACGAGGAAAGAUUAAUAAAUUAUUAAAUGCAAA